AUGCCAGCGAAAUAUCAAGGUUUAUAAAUAAUAUAUCCAUAAAGUUUCUAAAAAUAUUGCUGUACAACGUCAUCACCGGCAGGCUGUUAGGGACAUCGAUGGGCCACGUGGUUCCAUGACAUGAUUUGCCAAACGACGAUCGGCAAUUUUACGAAUGACAGAGCGGUCCUGAGCCGGGUAGGCCCAGGGCCACACGGAGAUGUCGCUUAUGGCCGAUUAUCGGGGGUGUUUGGCAUCGUAAAUAAGCGCAAGCCGUGACGAUCCAAUUAGCCAGGAAGCCGUUUCGCUGGCGCGUCUGCCGGUGUUCUGGGACCGACUUCUCCCCUGGGAGAAGCACGGUGACGGGACCGGGUGGCACAGCCUCGAUUAUCGCGGCCCGUGUUGCAACAAGCCACACCACGAGCACCACGUCUCCUCUCGGGAUCGAGAUCGACUCGCUGUCGCAGUCUCCACGCGUCCUACAACUGCGAAGCGUCCAAGAGGGUAAACCUCGACAGUCGUCGCGCCAACAAGUUUUCUAGGAUAUUUAUCUCAAGUCAUUCCAAAUCCAGGAUCUGUUUCUUAAAAAUUUUUGGUUUCGCCAAAGGAGACAAUUCGGAAUAGAUUUCACAAUAAUUCGAUAUUUCUUCCGUUGAUUGUUUUAUCCAAGGUCUUUUCCAAUGAUACAUCAGCUAUAAUUUUGACUUGACUGAGGAAGUCAAGAGGUAGUCUGUAGUUGAUGACAAUUUGGUGUUUCAAUGAAAUUAUUAAAAGAGAUUUGAAAACUUAUAUUGUUAUCGUAAGUUAAAUGGAUUCUAUCGUUGUAAAAAGCUCCGGGGUUUAGUUUUUGUCGAAUUGAGAAUGGCAGCGGUUUGACACUUGCAAGAUUAGAAAGGAGCAGUUUGAAAAUUUGAAAGAAGAACGAUUGGCGGUGUGCCGAUUUGUUGUCGAUUUGAUGAUCGCGUGCAGUAUCAAGAACCUUGUAACAGUGGCAAUCGGAAGUGAUAGUACGCAGGGGAAAUCAAGACAGUGAUUAAUGGUGGUGAACUAAUUGCAUAUAAAGCGCAAAUAAAGAAGACAAAUAGAGAAGAGCGGAACGUCACGGACUGCGUAGUUUUGCGAGAUAUCGGUUUCGAAUAGAUACAGCUUCGACUAAACGACAAGAUGAUAGAAGAGACUGCAAUGUUCGAUAUGACAGACGAGUUGUUAUUUUCCGCGUUGGGCCUGACCAUGGACACAGGUGUCGAGAGGCAACUGUUCCCCGCGAGCUCAACGACCUUUACCUAUGACUAUGAAGCGUCCUCCUGCAGAACGACGCCGCGCAGCGACGACUCGGAAUCCAUCGACGCGCAAUCGAAUAAUAUGGGGAACAUGAUCGAGUGUUACACAGAUUUGACUUGCCCGGCGAAAACAUCUUGGAACGAGUGGUCUGAUAAUUCGAUGCCAUUGUUAGGCACAGGAUGUUUGAGCGAACUGAGCGAACUGAGCGAGUUAGAUUCGGAGUUGGAAUGGUGUUUAGAUAGAAGCUGGAACUCUGGACUACCAGAGAGGACACCGUUGUGCACAGCAGGCUGCGAGGGUUUUCUACACCUUCCUCUGCCUAACCCACAGCAAACGUUUCAACCAGAGGAACCAUUAUGGGUGCUUGGGAUCGACUUGAAAGCGCUCGAUGAUACCUUGGAAACUAACGGAAUAGAUUACAACAACAAUCAAGUAAGAGAAACCAUUUCAUCAGCAGCUGCCGCAGCAUUGGCAACCCACGACUAUACUAAUCGCAGUUUGGCGAAUGCGGCGGAGGAUCGAUGUUUUCCUUGUACUUAUCAAGGAUGCGUCAAGGUCUAUGCAAAAGCAUCUCACUUGAAAGCUCAUCUACGUCGGCACACGGGUGAGAAGCCAUUUGCGUGCACGUGGUCCGGUUGCGGAUGGCGUUUCAGUCGAUCUGAUGAACUAGCCAGGCACAGACGUUCGCACUCUGGCGUAAAGCCUUACCCUUGCGAAAUGUGCUCAAAAAGGUUUGCGCGAAGCGAUCACUUGGCCAAGCAUCGCAAAGUGCACAGAAAGAAUGCGUAUCCAUUAUUUCAUGGAGGAAGGGGUCUACGCGGAGGAAAGAUAAAUUCAAUUCUACCAGCGGAAAUUUAGCCAAUUUAUC